AUGCCAGGAAAGAAUCCUGAAAAAAGAGCACGGUCAUCGUCAAGUAUUCGUGGGUCUUCUUCCCUUAACGAUCCUUCCUCCUCCGCAUACUUCAAACCCCACCGAUCGGUAGAAUAUGCCGAAAGAAACUCCGACGACGAUGAGGAGAAGGAGUUCAAGAAAACAGCCGAACGCGCGAAGAAGAUGAAGUUACCGGGAACACCACUAGCAAUUCAAAAAUCUCCCAGCUCUCGCCGCUCGGAAAUACCCGCCCGAACAUAUACCAAUAACCUCGAAGGUAAUCUGGCGACAUUGAAACUCUCGGAUCUUGAGGUCCCACCACAGCACAGCCGUAACCAAGGGCGAUCAAGAACCGGCGGUGAACCAGUCAGCGGUAGCAAAGCCCGUGAAACCCAAUCCUCACCCAGACCCAUGGGAUGUUUCAAAAUUUUAUCGGGCACCCAUUAUAAGCUAGAAAAAUACUCGCAGAAUGUGAGAGACGAGGAAAGACGCGGUACUUAUCAUUAUCGAUGUCAGAUUUCUCGUCGCUGUCAUGAUAUCCAUCUUACAACUGUAAAUGAGAUCGAAAAUCAUAUUCGGGCUCAGCAUACGGAAGAUCUUUGUGGAUAUAUUGGAAAUUCGGAUGCGAGGAAGGAACAUGUGAGGGUAUCGCCGUGUUAUGAUGGGAGUCGGAGAAGAAAAGAUUUGGAGACGAAUACUAGGAGGGCGGCGACUGUGAAGGAGAAGGUGAUGGAGAAGGAUAUUCUUGGUAGUGGUAGUGCUAGUGCUAAGAAAUUGGUGUUGAGUAAUACUAAUACUGGGGAGGCUAAUAAGCCGAAGAAACGCUAG